AUGUCAAGUGGAGAAGUUGAGGUUGGUAUAGAACCUGAACAAGUUCAGAGUCAGGUCGAGGAAACUGAGGUUAAAAGGCUUCAGUUGAAACUCAAUUUACCAUCUUUAAUAGUUGAAAAUGGAGCAAAAGAAAUUAUUAUUCCUUCACAUUAUGAAGAGAGUUUAACUGAUUUGAGACAAACUUUGACGGUAAUUCCUGCUACCAGAAGCUUGACUAACUACUCGAUCUUAAUCAAUGGAGUCGAUUUCGAGAAAUUGGGCGAAAUCAACACAUUUGACCAAAUCAUUGAGGAGUUGAAACUUGGUGAUAAUAUAGAUGAGUUGAAAAUUGAUAUCAAGGCAAACCCGUAUAAUUUAGCCUCGGUUUAUGAGCAGAUAAUCAGAUUCAGAGAAGUUAUUGGACUUCACUAUGUUGACAAAUUGUCUUUGGAUCUAGGCUCUUGUGGCGGUGUAACGAAAUUUGGUUUGAUUCAAUUGGAUCCAAUGAAAGUGAAAGAAGAGAACAAGGAGGAGAACAAGGAGGAGAACAAGGAGGAGAAGGAGAACAAGGAGGAGAACAAGGAGGAGAACAAGGAGGAGAACAAGGAGGAGAAGGAGGAUGCUCAAGUUGUGAAUUUGACAGAAAAAGAAAUUGCUGAAAUUAACGAUAUUGUAAAUACCUUUGAAACUAGUCCAAUGAGUGCAGAUUUUAUAAAUGCGAGCAGCUCGGAUCACAUUAAUGCCAAUGUGAAAAUCCCAAUUAAAUCCUUGUCGAUAUCACAAUGGUCCCCUGUGCCUCCAUUUCAAAAGAGCAAGGGCGACCUUUUAUACCUCACAAUUCAAACUUUGGAAAACGAGACCUUCAAUAUUACCUGUCAUUUUACUGGUUUUUUUGUUAAUAGGUCAUCAACGAUUAAUUUCAAUCCAUCAAUAAAGGUAAAUGAAAAGGGAAAGUUUUUCAAACACUAUUUGUUAUACGAUUUGGUAUCUCAAAUUUCUCCAUUGUUUUCUACCACUAUUGCAGAGAAUGAGCAAAGGUUGACCGAAUCUACUGAUUAUCCAGAAGCUUAUUUAUUACCAACCAACUCUUUCUUGGCCUAUCCUUGGAUAGUUGACGAGAAAGUAUUAAAGAAUCUCCCCGAUGCAUCGAGAUCUCAACUUCCCUUACUCAGCAAUGGCGUUGAUGGUAGUGAUAUCAUCAAGGAGUGGAAUAGCGAUAUCCAGGCAAUGAGAGAAUUGCCAAAAUCAAAUUUUCAAGAACGUAUUAUGCGUGAUAAGCUCAUUUUGAAAACUUUGUUUGAUUUCAACAAGACUGCUGCAGAGACUGCUAUCAAUAUCAUAAAGGGAAACAUUACCCCAAUGAACCCCGGUGAAGAAAGCGACAAACGCAUUUACUUGAAAAACGGUGUAUUUUAUUCUUUAGGAACUUCUACUGUGGAUGCUUUUGAUAACACUGGAAAAGAAGAAGCUUCUCGAUAUGUUUCUACAAAGGAUUUGGCAGCUAUUAAAUUAUUGAAUAAACAUGAGCUUAACGGAUUCUCGACUUUGGUCACUUGUAUUGUUGACUACAUGGGUAACCGUGUUAUUUGCCAAGCCCCAGUUCCGGGAAUUUUGGAUCCUCCAGCAAUGGAUGACGAAGAAGGCGAAGGAGAAGGAGAAGGAGAAAUUCCGGAAAAAGUUUUGUAUGGCUUAUCAUCUGACGGAAAGAAAAUAUUAGAAGACCAAUCUUUCCUGGAGCCCUUGAAACAAAUUGGCGAGGUUUUCCAUUUAAAAGCACAUAAAGUGAAUAUAUCAAAGGAGGUCCAAUCACAGCAUGACCUUGUUGUAUCCAAAAAUACAAACGGUAUAAAGGGAACUGAUGGAAGGAAGUAUGUUAUUGAUUUGUAUAGAACAACUCCUCGUGAUAUUCAGUUUAUUGAGUCGCAUUUCAACCUUGGUGAUGAUAAGUCGUACCCACAUGGUGAGCCUUUGGUUAGACAUGAAGCAGUUAACGAAUGGUGGAAACGUAAAGUUUCUGUUUUGUUUAAAGCCGAGACUGAGAAAUUAGAAAAGGAAGGUAAAUUGAAAGAAGGUGAGGAAAAAUCCCAAAUUGCUUUGCCCAUUGAUCAGGUAGUUUUUAACCCUGAUGCAUUUUCAUCGGAGUGGGAAACUGAAGAAGAUCGAGCAGAAGUGAGAGAGAUUUCCAAGUUUAUUACGGAAAAAUUGAUUCCUGAAUUUUUGGAAGAUAGCCAACAUCAACUAUCACCAUUUAAUGGUACUCAUUUGACUGAGCAAUUACAUUCUCAAGGUAUCAAUAUGAGAUAUUUGGGUUUGAUUGCUGAGAAUAUUUUAGUCGAGAAAUCCCUUUAUCAAGAUUCGAUAAAGCAGGUAAUUGCAGAAAACGAAAAGUUGAUCAAAAAGGAGGAAGAGGAAAGGAAGGAGGACGAGAAAAAGAAGGAUGAAGAGAAAAAUGAAUCCAAGGAAGAUAAUGGAGAUAAAGAUGAUGAUAUUUCAUCAUCAAAAGCAACUUAUGAGUUGGCAAUUGCAAAUUACGAUACUCUUUACAGACUUGUAGUCCAAGAGAUGGUAGCUAGAGCCUCGAAACAUUUGUUAAGAAAAUUAUUGAAGAACACUCCAUUGCAAUUGGCUAGUUCAGCUGUAACUCUUUUCCAUAAUUGUUUGUUGGGAGGUGAGAUCAACAAAUUGCCCACUGUGGAGAUUGAUGAUUUAGAUGCCUCGUUUUAUUCAGAGUCGGACUUACAAUUUAAAGAUCUUACUCAUGAAAAAGUUGUCAGUCAAGUUGAAAAUGAAGUUUAUUUGAGGUUUAGGUAUUCUUUGCCAAAGAACUGGCUCAUUGACAUUGUGCGCUUACCUCAACUAUUCAGAGAAAUUGCUGUUAAAUUUGGUAUUCAGUGGAAAUCACACAAUUAUGCAUUCACCAAGGAAGAGUUUGCUCAAAAUCAGAAUACCGCUGCUGUUGAGGUUCAUGUUGCUGAAGCAAAACAGUCCAAAAAGUCCAAAAAGAAAUUACCUUUGUUAAACAAAGUUUCAUGUCCACGUAAUUCUACAUUCAUAGCUGAUGAUAUUAUUGGUUUUAUGCCUUUAAUUAAGGACUCGUCAUACAAGCCUUCCUCGCUAGAUGAGAUCUUUACCAAUGCUCGUUCUCAUUUGGUAUCCGGGGAUAAAAAUAUUGGCUUAACUAUGCUCUUUGAAUUGGUCACUAUUCACGAAUCGAUAUUUGGAAAAGUGAAUUCAGUUACUGCAAAAUUUUGUGGUUUAGUUGCAAAGAUUCUUCGAGAGCUGGGAUUCGAUUAUGAAGCGGCGCUUAUGGGCCGUAAAGCUAUUGUACUUUCUGAAAGGUCAUGUGGCUUUGAUAAUCAUGAUACUAUUACAGCGUAUAUGAAUCUGGCUUAUUUUGAAGCUUCAAAUAACCAAGUGGUAAAUUCUUUAAAGUUGUAUCAAAGCGCAAUGAACCUUUGGUCACUUACAUACGGUAAAGAUCACCCAGCCUUGAUAAAUGUUUUGAUAAACGGGUCGGAGUCUCUUUUUGUUGCUAGAGACUAUGACGCCGCUUUAAAAGUAUUGGAAAAUGCGUUAGCUUUGAGCAAAAAACUAAAUGGGGAAGACACAGCAAUCACGGGAUUGGUUUAUUUUAGAAUUGCAAACGUUGUAAUUUCCCAAAAUCAGUUUGCCAAAUCAAGGGAUUACUUCUUGGCUGCUCAUAGCAUAUUCCAAAAAUUACUAGGACCAAAAGAUCCAAUGACGAUUCUGGCUGGUAAGUACGUAUCCAAUGUGUCAGUGUAUGUUGAAUAUGCAAAGGCAAAAGCCCUAGAGGAAGAGGAGGAGAAGAAGAAGCAGAAGAAGAAGAAGAAGCAAAAUAAGAAAACACCAGUACAAAAGACUUUUGGUUCUGUUGGACUACAGGGACCACAGGCAACGGUAAAAGCAGUAUCAGGGGUUGCUGCUGCUGCUGCUGCUGCUGCUGCCUCACAGGUGAAUGGAGAUUCCGAGUCGAAGCCAAACUUAACUGGUCGUAAAAAGACACCUCCGCAAUCGGAUCCUCGAAUUGCCAGUAAAUCAAUUGAUGAAAUUUUGAAAUUUAUUGAAGGAAGUAAGGUUUCCACAUCAAACCAAAAAGAAAGAAAGAAAUUAAAACAUUAA